AUGUCCAGCAGAAUCAGCACACCGCGCCAGAAAUACGCGGGUUUCGACCACGACCAGGAUGUCGAAGGCGAUGAGUACUACGACGAUGACGGCGACGAGUAUCCUGAGGAGGACGGCGGAGACGGAGAUGGAGAUGGAGAUGACGGGAGAUGGAGAGAUGGCGAUGGAGAUGGCGACAACGACGGUGACGCCGACAACGACGCCGAAAACGAUGCCGAAAACGACGUAGAAGACGGCGACGAUAACGCCCAAGAUGGCCAAGUAGAAGCAGAGACAGCGAACAACAACCCGCCUGCAGACACAGCAAACACAGCGGACGCCCCAGACACAGCAGAAACACCAGUGAAGCGAGGCAGAGGUAGACCCCGUGGCAGACCUAAAGGCAGCGGCAGGGGGCUAUCAACCCCGCGCGGCACCCCAUCUGGACGGCCACGCGGGCGUGGACGUGGCAGAGGGCGAGCAGCCGCGCGCAACAAAGACCGCGCCAAGGGUGUCGGUCGAUUCGGUAACAGACGCCGUGACGAGGAUGGCACGGAGGAGAUAAACUUCGGCUACAUCGCUCCCGAAAAGCCAGCUCCACGCAUCCUGCGCUCGAUAGGCGGCAACGAUUACUGGUAUACGGAAGACGAGCUGGAGAUCGACGAUGACGUACGCGGUGACCAAAAAGUAGACAUGCACGGUAAUUUGCUAGGUGGACGGUGCUACAAGAUGCCCACGUUCACAUCAUCCCUACGCCACGAUCGGGAGAAAGUUUAUAUGCUGUCCAUAGAUGCUGCUCGCGGUGCUGGGUUUAAGGACAGUCUGUACAUGUUCAGACGCAAUCUGCACCUCGUCAAGCUGACUUUGGAGCAAGAUGAGAAGGAGAGGUUGAUAGGAGAAGGCAAAUUAGCGGCCAACUCGCGUUCGCGCUCGGUAACGAUAGUCGCUGCGCGCAACGUAUACAAGCUGUUCGGCGCCAAGGUCCUCGUCAAUGGGAAGCACGUCGAAGAUGACUACUACGAAGACAGGGCGAGGCGGUACUGCGCGGACAGGAAGAUAGAGCCAGGAACGAUAUGCACGGUAGAGGAUGAAGGGCAGUAUGACGAUUUGGAACUAGCUGGACUGUCAAACGCAGGUCCCAAUUUUGGUACAAAGUUCCUGUCGCGCGCUGUCGGAGGCUGGGCAUACGAUAUCGGUGCGGCCCUCUUCUCGCCAGCCACAACGUACGCCACUAAACGCGCACUCCUCGGUCAGAAUAUCACACACGAAAAUUGGACGAGUGUGUAUGCACGCGAGGUGCGCGCGACGAAUGACGAGAUAGCUUAUCUCAAGCGGUUGCGACUGGAGGAGGCACACAGUGUGCUUGUGAAGGCGGAAAUGGCUGGGAUGAAGAAGAACAAAAGUAAGGUGGAGUCGACGGUUGGGGUGAGCGGCACAGAUGGUACUGCCACUCCCAACACACCUGAGAAUGAGGAUGCGAGAAUGGACACGAGUGGAAGUGAAGGUGUUGCCUCUGCGCUACAAUCAGGCUCGCCUCAGUCUUACUCACAAGCACCAUCGCACUCCUCGCACACCCAACUCACUCCUACUCCUCAACCAAAACCUCACAAAGUCAAGCUUCCCCGCCCUCCGCCUCCCAGUAAGAAGAAGAAGGAUAAAUACGCGGCACCGAUUGAGCACAGGUUUGAGGAUGUGCGCACCAAUGAGCUCGGCAGGCUGGAUAUAUACACCAACACGGCACACAGGACACUAGAACACCAAUCAACAGAGGCUACGUGGGAAAAGGUUUCGGUAGGACCCGAGGUGGAAGGUCUGGACACACACAAGCAGUAUAUCGGCGGGAGUAAGCUAGGCACACAAGGUUUCUCGCUCGCGAGCAUCAGCUGGGAGCUGGAUGGGAGGACGUUGGCGGGAGGCGAAGAGACGAGUAGGCCUAUGAACACAGGCGUGCUCGAUCUCGAAGUGACGUAUUAA